AGGGGCCGGCAGUCGCUCGCCGCCGGCGCCCGCGGGACGCGGCGAGGGAGCGGCCGCAGCGAGGAUCCGCCGGCGGCAGCGGGCGGGCGCUAUGGCCCAGGCCAAGAUCAGCGCCAAGGCCAGCGAGGCGGCGCAGCAGCAGCAGCAGUCCGGCGGGCAGCUCCGCGGCCGCUUCUACCGCUCCACCUCCAUGGCGGACCGCUCCAGCCGCCUGCUUGAGAACUUGGACCAGCUAGAGCUCAGGGUAGAGGCAUUCCGCGAUGCAGCAUCUGCUAUGGAACAAGAGAAAGAAACCCUGCUGGAAAUGAUCCACAAUAUACAGAACAGCCAAGACAUGAGGCACAUCAGUGAAGGUGAGAGAGAAGAACUUAAUUUGACCGCUAAUCGUCUGAUGGGCCGAACCCUCACCGUGGAGGUUUCUGUGGAGACCAUCCGCAACGCCCAGCAGCAGGAGUCCCUGCUGCACGCCACCAAGAUGAUCGAUGAGAUCGUCAAUAAACUCCUCGACGACUUGGAGGACGCCAAGAUGCGCCUGAUGUCGCUGUAUGGCGCCUGCACGUCAGAUGUGCCCGCGGGACCCAUCGACCAGAAGUUUCAGUCCGUGGUCAUCGGCUGCGCCAUCGAGGAUCAGAAGAAGAUCAAGAGGCGGUUAGAGACUCUGCUCCGAAACUUGGAGAAUUCCGAAAAGUCCAUCACGUUGCUGGAGCAUCAGAAAUCGUCCGUCCGACAGUCUUGCAACAGCAAACAGGAUUAAGCAGCACCCUCCUGGCUACUCGGGGCACAUCGCAGGAUGAGCAAACCUCCGUGAAAAGCACACGGAAAGAAGCUAAGGGAAGAAUCCUCCGUACGAGCACACGCUUCUCCAUGCCACGCACACGCUCCCAAGUGUCUCUGAGGGCGAGGUGUCAGCAGUUAAUGGGUUUUGGUAGCAUCGGCAUUUUCUUUGGGCAAUAAAGAAUGCUGUCGGCUCUCCUGUAGAGUCCAUACUGCUCUGCUGCAAACUGUCAUUGUGCUUCUGCUGAACUGUCAGAAACCAUCACAAUCUUUCCUCCCUUCUCCUGGGUGGGUUUGUUGGUUUUUUUUUUAAAUUAAGGGGGUUUUUGUCACAUUGUGAGAUCUCAGCUUUCCUCUGCUGUAUACAUAGUGUGUGAACCAGACUUUUGGGGACAAAAGACAAAUCAUGGCAAUAAAUCAAAAGCAUUGAUAACCUGUA